AACCAACAACAUCAACUUCAACUCCAAUUCAAAGUCUACAUAAAUCCUCUCCCCAUCCUAUCUUACGCGUUUGAUCUCUUCAAUAACUAUAAAAAAAAAUCUUCAUUACAGACAUCAAUCAAGAACCUUUCUACUCCCGUCAUCCCCCAUUAGUCAACUCAAAGAAAAUUUCACCUUCCCUUUUUCUUUCUUUAUAAACCCUCUUGUAUUUCACUCAAUUCAUUCAACAUUCUUCUAAGGUGGUAUAUUAAGUCGUCGCAAAUUUCCAUUUGUUUCGUAAUCAAACUUGUAAACUCUUGUAAGAUUCAAUAUGUUUGGGCUCAAGAAACCUCAUUUCCAUCACCGAAUUGCCAAAACCAACUCAGUUGACCCCGGAUUCCCUGGUCAAAAUACUACAAAUCCAUUUGAUUCAGAUGAUGAGUUGGACAAAAAGUCAACCCUAAACCAGGCGAAAAGGACUUCAUCUGAACCUUCUGUGUUGACCCAAGAUUCCAGAGCUGCUCUGUUUGAUGAUGAUGAGGUUAAGGGAUCAGGGUACAAAGUUAGUUACACCGCAAGAAACAAAUACAAGAAUGAUUUUGUUGAUUCUGGUGGAUUGGAAAACCAAGAUGUGCAAGAAUUAGAGCAUUAUGCUGCUUAUAAAGCUGAAGAGACGACAAAAACUGUUAACAGUGCCUUAAAGAUUGCAGAAAACAUACGUGAAGAUGCCACCAAGACUAUCAUUACUUUGCAUCAACAGGGCGAGCAGAUCACUAGGACUCACAUGACUGCAGCUGAUAUUGAUCAGGAUCUUAGCAGGGGUGAGAAACUUUUGGGAAGCCUUGGAGGAAUCUUUUCUAGGACCUGGAAGCCUAAGAAGGGUCAUGCAAUAAAAGGGCCAGAGACCACCAGAGAUGAUCCUGCACAACGAAAGGGUGCCCAUUUGGAACAAAGAGAAAAACUCGGACUUACGACAACUCCAACUAAGGGACAGUGGCAUUCAAGAACACCACCCCCUGAACCCACAAAUGCAAUGCAGAAAGUUGAGUACGAGAAAACAAAGCAAGACGAUGCUCUCUCUGACUUGAGUAACAUACUUGGUGAACUCAAAGAAAUGGCUGUCGACAUGGGAUCAGAAAUUGAAAGGCAAAACAAAGCUCUUAAUCCUCUUGAAGAUGAUGCUGAUGAGCUCAUUUCCAGAUUAAGAGGUGCUAACCUACGUACUCGACGUUUACUUGGAAAGUAGAUUGAAUAGGCAUCCCCAAUUCAUGAUUUGUACUUGGACAAUUGCUAUUAUUUUGUUCUUUGUCUCUAUGAUGUUGAUAAGUCGUUAGUGAUAAACAUUCGCAUUCAGAAUUAUGCCAUUGGGAUUUUCUUAUUA